AGACAGUUCCGAGUGUCGGAUCUCAUAAAAUUCAAGCCAGGCACACAGAAUUGAAUUGAAUCCAAUCAUGAAGCUUUCUUCUUGGAUGCAAACCACAAAACUCGUUUGCGCAGUUGCGUCGGUAGUAUUCCCCGCAGCCCGGGCUCACUUACUGCGAGGACUCGAAAAGGGGGACAGCAAUGCUGCUGUCAACCUUCCUCCAUUAGUUCCUGGUAUCCCACUCACCCUCUCUGUUUCGGAGAAUCAAUACUUGGAUUGGUUUCUGGAUAUCCAAGAUGUCCCUUCUACAUUUGAAUGCACCGUGCAUGCUAGUGAUGGCUCCUUGUUUCUUGAUUUGACUCUGGCUCCUGGAAGCAACCAUGGAGAAGAAACUCAUUUCUGUCUCGAGUACCCAUCCGGUGUGAAUGGAACGGAAGUAAUGACUUGUCGCACUGACAUUUUUCCUUCCCCAUUUCCAUUGCUGGUUCGUCUGAGAUCCUACGUGGCCAUGGACGAAGUCGUCUUGGACUGUCAUCACAUGGUCCCAUCCGCUCUGGAACCCGGUCUUCCAUCCGACAGUUUUGAUCUGGAUACGGGCAAGUUUCAAAGCUUUGUCGUGGAUACGACGUCCAUACUAACAAUGGAAGAUGGGGCUGGUGAUGACUAUGUCAAUUGCAGCUUGUCAUCGGAUGAGGGAGACCCUGUCAUGUUCAUCUAUGAAGUCAAACCUGCCAACAGCAACCAAACCAGCCACAAUAGUGUGUGCAUCGCAGGGUUGUUGCAUUCCACAUGUGAUGUACUGGUGCCAUCCUCCGAUGAUGUAUCACAGCUGUUCAUUGCAGUAGAUAGUUGGGGUGCGGCAGAGAAUGUGACUGUGGCGUGUGAAGCGGGAUCCAUGAAGAACAGAACGACACAAUGAAGACAACCCUUGAGGCAGACGACCCCCCCUUGGCCCCUGAUGCUGUUGCCACGAGGAAUGAGGCUUGUAAUACACUCACAAUAAAGACUAGUAGCUAGUGCAGCCAUGUGCCAAUAUAUGGGUAUGAGCGAGGCAACAAAGGGCACUUCCAGUAGAUGUGUAGCAAAGGAGUGGCUGGGCCAAUUUGGGAUGCAGAUAUCGGAAAUACAAUAGUGGACACGCCACACCUUCGAUUCAAGGGAAGCCAACCAACUUCCUAACGAGCUAUCAAGCUAGCCAGAACUAUUAGUUUCUACUAAGAUCUCGGUACGAGAGAGCUAGCUACUUAGGUUUGCCCCUGUCGUC